UUUUCUUUCUGUUUUUUUUUUUUUUUUUAUUCAAUCUAUAAAUGACCUCCAAUUUACGACAAUUGUUGAAGACAAAUUCACAAAUAACUCUAGCAUUACUUAAGCCUGAUAUAUGCGCUAAUCCCGCCUUAGUGCCGAAAAUUCGACAAGCCAUUUUGACAAAAAAUCUCAACAUUGUUCAAGAGCGUUCAGUAAUUUGGAGCCUGUCUGAUGCUCAGCGAUUUUAUGCAGAGCAUCAGCACAAGUUUUUUUAUGAAAGAUUGUGUGGUUAUAUGACAAGUGGGCCUUUUAUAGCUAUGAUUUUAGCUUCACCGACAGCUAUUCGAGAUUGGCGAGCUCUCAUUGGGCCCACUCAUCCUGUGAGGGCAAGAAUUCACCAACCAGAUACGCUUAGAGCACUUUAUGGAUUAACCGAUACAAGAAAUUCAUUUCACGGUUCAGAUUCUGACAAAUCAGCAGAAAAAGAGAUUCAAUUCUUUUUCCCAGAAGCAUUCUAAUUUUUAUCAAUCUAUAUACAUAUAUAAAAAAAGAGAGAGAGAGAGAAAGGGGAGAGUUAAUGAUUUAAUUCUUUUCGUAUAUUUAAAUAUAAUACGUAUUUACG